UCCAGCCGCAGUUUGCGAGGACCCAGGACCGGAGCCGUUAACUCUCUCAAACUGACUGGAUUUGAUCAUGGACACCACGGUAACCUCGUUAAAAACGGCUGUCGGUGUGGUUUAACGCGAAGUGCUCCGUAGAUGAGUUCGCGGUGAAGGAGUCGGUAAUAAUGUUCCGCUUGUUCUCGCUGGCGGCGGCGGAGCGCGGCGGACAGAAGCGGCGGCUCGAGCUCAGUCUGGCGGGGAUCUGUGAGCUCGAGCUGCUCAAGCGGCGGCACGAGGCGCUGGUGGCCGGGGCGCUCGCGCUGCACUCUCCCGAACCCGAGCCGAAGAAAGCCGAGCGGCCGAGCGAAGAUCCGACCCCGCCGGACGGCUCGUGGAGUCUGAUGAACAUCUUGCAGCAUCAGGUGGGAGAGCUAAAGGUGGACACAGACAGCGGCUCAGUGGAGCCCCCUACUGACGCUGGAGACAUUCCAGCCUCUUCAGGUUUUCCUGAGCAGGCUGAGGGUCUGUCUGCUGUCGGCCCGUCCGACACUUCUGGUCUCGGUGAGAUCCGCCCUGUCCGGCUUUCUGAGAGACCCAAGUCUGUUGGUGACGUAUUCGUCAGCUGUGAGCUGAACGCUCGCGCCACGGUUCCCUGCUCUUUCUCUGCACCCUAUCCGCCUCUAGAGGGCAUCACUGAAGACGAGCCGUGGAUCUGGCAUCCCAGUGAGGACGCAGAGGAGGAAGAACCCGGCGCAGACGACUACAGACAGACGCAGCAUGCCGAAACGUACAUCCUCGGCAUGAUCCAGCACCGCUUGCCUCCCGCCCGACCCACCAAACCCCGCACCAGCCUGGGACCCGAGGCCCGAGCCGUGGUCCGACAGAGCAGCCUGUGCCGCAUGGAUCUGGCGUACAUCCCCGAGGAGAGACAUGCAUGCUAUCCCCGACUCGCCGGGAUCCACUGCGGCGCUCUGGAUCCCAGCAGCAGCGAAGCCGAAUCCUAUCAUAACGCUCGCUCGGCAUCGUCCGACGAGCUUGUGAACGCGCAAUACAUCCCAGCGCAGCCGUGCCACGCUCAAACCGUCGCGCACCGAACGCACGCCGCUCCCAAACCCACCACCUCACAGCUCAGAGCCACGGCAAAGAAGUGCCGCUUCACGGAGGACAAGAUUGCGCAGAAGAAACCCGGACGAAAAGCAUGCCGCGCUCAAUCAGAGAACAGCCUGCUUGGGCAAAGAGAGCGCAAAUAUAACACUAUGGAGCGUGACUCUCAAGCUAAAACACGCCGCGGCUCCGGUCACCGUCGCUGGCGUUCCACGCUAGAACUGAGUCAGGACGAAGCCGAGAUGCCUUCUGAGCAGCCAAUCAGACGCUUGCGCAAACCUCGCGUCUAUGCCCAACCGCACCUUCAUCAUCAUCUUCAUCAGUUCCCGCCAGACGGCUACGUGCUCCGAGAGUCGGAGUCCAGUCUGAGCGAGGCCGAGUCGCCCGGCUCCAGCUCGCUCUCCAGCGACUCCGACGAGAGCGGCGGAUUGGUCUGGCCGCAGCAGCUCAAUCCACAGCUGGCUCCACCCUCUCCAUCACACCCGCCGCAGCCCAAAGCCUUCGUGAAGAUCAAGGCGUCGCAUGCACUCAAGAAGAAGAUCCUGAGGUUCAGGAGCGGAUCACUCAAAGUCAUGACCACCGUAUGAGCGACAAACACCGGCCUAAUCACAGUGAACUGAAAGCAGUUUGAAUUGAAGUGGCAAACAGGGUGACCCUUCGCAGGGAGUUUGAUUGACAGGUGGUCUGACCAAUCAUAA